AUGGACAACGGACACCUGGACCAAGAUAAGAGGCUCAUACAGGCUUUGAUCCUGAAGUGGAGAAAGGCUGAAAGAGAGCAUGCCGAAUCAGAGCAGCUCUGGCAGGAAAAACUUGAAACCUGUCUGACUGCUGAGGAUCUUGGAGGAGACCUCCCAUGGAAGGAGUCUGAGGAGGCUUGGUUCCUGAAGGAGCAAUCCUUUCAGAUCCAUGCAGAAGGGUUGUUGCGGUCUAUGGAGAGAAAGCAGGAAGAAGAUUCCGGCGAGUGCCCAGACUUAUACGAGCUGCAGGAGCAGUUCUGUGAAAGAAGACUGCACUUGGAGUUUUGUAGAAGUCAAUGGCUUCAAAAGGAUGCGUGGUUCCAAAGGGGAGAGGCCUCACAGAAUCAAAUCCAGUUUCAGAAAAACAGGAUUUUCACUUUGAAGGCCAAAAUAACUUCCUUACAGCAUGCAACCAUUUGUGAUAAAUCCGUAGAAAAUGCGCUGGCAGAAAGCGUGGAUCUCUCAGAUAAGUUAGAAGAGGAGAAGGCAAAGCUAACACUUCGGGAGAGCAACCUGCAAGAGCAGCUAGCUUUAAAGGAGAACGCGUUAGUGCAGGCCCAACUCGAUGCAUUGAACAAAGACCAGCAACACAUUCUGGAGAGACUCCAGUGGAUGCAGCGGGAUAAUGCACGGACAAAUGUUUUUAUGGACAGGUUUAACAACCUAAGUCAGAGGUUUGGACAGCCUCCACCGAGCGAGGAGGAGAUGUGGGAGACACAACCACAUCUUAAACCGACUCCUCUCAGUCAAGAGGGAGGGGUAUGCUACUGGAUCCAGCCAGGUGGGAAAAGCCACAGAGGAGACAAGAGGUGA